AAAUAAUCAGAGAUUAUAUACGCGCUUUUCUAAAAUAAACAACUUGCAACAAAAUCGCGGUUAAAACCAACGCGUUCAAGCGAUUCGUGUAACGGACGUCAUCAACCCGUGUGUCAUCUUGAACCAUAUUAUAACCGCGGCACAUAACACAGAAAUUUUGGUUAUUCGCUUGGAUUUGAUUAUGGAUUUUUAUUUUAGGUGUGGGUAGUUAUGCAACCGUGUUGUGUUUUCUGCUUGCAACCUGUUAUCUGUCACUGUCAGGUGCGUCAGGCUUGGCGACAAAAUGUAAGAGGUUAUGAUCCGAAAAAUUUUGAAUUACCUUGUUUUUUGUGAAGCUGUGGUAAAAUGUGUUGUUACAAAUUGUUUUUUAUAUUCGAAUGAUUAGUAUUACCUUUGCAUCGAAUCAUUUUUCUAACAUUGACACGUUAAUUAAAAGGUUUAAAAUGGCUGGUCAAUGGCGUAGUAAUGAAGACUUUGAACAAGACCUGAAUAUGUUCUCUGAAAUGAGUGAAAUACAAGAUAACAGUGAUGAAGAUGAGCCUACAUUGCCACCUCAAACUGUCUUAGAAUAUCAGGCUCGACAGCAUCAGAGUAAUCAAAGCAUUUUCACUGACAACUUCAUGCAUGAAGAAGGGGUAGUAUAUGUAUACUCUGGUAGGGGCAGAGGGGUAGCUAGUCAAAUAUUUGCUCCAGGUUUGAAAACUAGCAAUACUCCAUCUGACGAGGAAGACAUCAAACGAAGAAUUAGACAGGAAGUGGGACAUGUUGGCUAUGAUGAAAUGUUGUAUUCAAAGUACAAGCGUUUAAACAACAAGCCUGAUGAAAGCUUACUUGUAAAUGCCACUGAAUCAAAUCAUAGUGUGCAGUUAGACUGCUCAACCAGUCAGCCUUCAAGCAGUAGAACAUCACCUCAGAUUCAAAGCUCUUGUUCAAGUGUCAUCUGUCUACAACCUCAUUCAGAUGUUUCCAGAUCUUCAACACCAACUAAUUUCUCCGUUAAAUCUAGUACAUCAUCAACAAAAUCCUCACCCAAAAAGGUAAUUUCUGUACCACAAAUUGACGAAAAGAUGACAAUCAGAGAGUCAGAAAAUGACGAGCAGACAAAACCUUUACCACUCAGCGUUAUAAUGAGGAAGGCUAAGAAGAAGUCAGUGGAGAAAGAUAAAAAUGAACAGUCGCCUCCUAAAAAAUCACAAUCAAUCCAAAAUCUGCAGUCGACAAUGCCAAAUGGAAAGGAAAAUGGCAACUUGGCAGCCAAUCAACCUUGUGCAAGUAGUACAGUGAAAGAAUUCUGUCUUGGAAGUAGCACUAAUGCGCUCAAAUCAUCCAGCAGCUCAGAUUCUAUUUACGAUCCAUGGUGGAGGAGUAAUGGACCUGAUAAUUGGAGGGAUAAGACCACAUGCUCUCCAAGGUUUUUCAAAGGAAAUACUAGCAGUCCAUGGAGGAAGAAGCCCACAUAUGACCUGGAUUCAGAUAAAGAAUUCCCACCUUUAUAAUAACAGUAUGUGCUAUGGGGAAAUGCAAGUUCUGAAACUUAUCCUGUGGUUUUUAUGUUCAUAUGGCUGCAUUGUAGGGUUGGAUCAAACCAUAUAUCGACCCCUGCAACGAAGACUAUUGUAACUCAAUUUUGAUUGAACUGAGAUAUAAGCAUUUGAAAAUUACUUUCUAAUUUCGAUCGAAGAGAAAUAAUAAUCUCUAUCCGAUGCAUCUUGCAGAUACUAUCAAUUCUUUUACAUCAAGGGUUAUGAACGAUAUUACAAUACAAAGUUAUCAAAAAAAAAUAUUUUUGGAAAAAUUUUGAAGACUUACUAUAGUUUUCGUUGGAUCAAUUAAGGAAAAAAACACACAUACUGUAGAUGUAGUAAGAUAUUUAUUGAAAUAAUACAGUAUGUUUUAAUAUUGUCAAUUUGAGUCACUCAAAUUAUUCUCAUCUCCAUGUUCAUCUUCACUAUCAUCGUUCUCAACUUGUGUAUUUUCAGUAUUCUGACCUCUUUGUGUUAUUUCUUUAGCUUUUAGGGAAAAAUAAAAAGCAUGGUAAGCUUCAGGGAUGCUUGGAAGACUGUUUGAUUUUGGUUUACAUAGAUCGAGUAAACCACUUAAUUUUUUAGCAUCUACUGGAAGCAAGCUUGUAUAUAGUAAAGGUAACUCCUGAGGUGAAUUUUCCUUCAUUCUCCUUCUUCGAUUUCUCCUCAAUUUUAUUAUACUGAGCUCAUCAGCAUAGUCAUACUUGAAUUUCAUUUCAUAAGUUAUGUCUGAGGAGAAGUGUACCUCCCUUAAUUUACUAAUUUUCAGCUUUUCUCCGGAAUCGUCUUUACUCCAGUUUUCCGAAUUUACCUUUGACUUGAAACUAAAAAAAUCCUUCUGAGACAUCUCUUUCACGAUGUAUGGUCUUCCGGUUACUUUCGCCAUGCGAAUCAACAUAAUCCAUUGAUCGGGGGUAUAAAUUGCCGAUUGCCGCUUUUUGGCAUUUUCAAUGACGGCGUGCAUACUGUCCCCUUCGUUUUGUGUGUGACCUGUUUCUAGGAAUCGAUGGAUUAUCUGUAGAUUCAGAGCCAUAGAAGCAUAUGAAAACAUCGAAAAAAUGAAGCGGUUACGGUUUUGUCCACCGCAGUUGUCAGAGUAAAGAAUAACUUUGUUUAUCCCUUUCUCUUUUUGCUUUUUCAAAAAGUUUAAAAUACAGCUGCUUAUUUCGUUUGGCCCUCUCUUCGCAAUUACUCCAUGCCAAACGUAACAAUAGCCUUCAUGAUUUCCCAUGUCGUAAAUGGUAAAGUUGUAUGUGGCGAGUUUACUUUUGUAAUAGAAGUCGCUUACAGCAGAUUGGGGUGUCACCAGAACUUUUUGUAAGUCGAAGCACGCUGCGCUAAUUGUCUUGUCAUUGAUUGCAGUUUCUUUAUCUUCAUCUUUUAAAGCUCUAGCAGCUUUCUUAUUAGAAACGUGUUUUUCAUACUUCUCUUGUAUUUUCUGCUUAUCUGGCGAAGUUGCUAGUUGAUAGGCUACACAGAGACUGCAUUGGUCCUUCUUUGGUUUAUGGAAUGCUAAAUUGAACUCGGCAUUGAUAACUUCUCUGUAUUGUCUUAAAGUUCCUACUUCUGUAGCAUUUCUCUGUUCCAUGUACUUUAAGUAGAGGCGAUGCAUAAUUGAAAUGUUGAGACCAACCUCUAAGUACAUCUUUGUUGAUUUUUUCCUGGUAUAGUGGGAAGGCACCACAGGAAAGAGUUGAAUGUGCUCUCUUAUCCCAUUUAAGACACCUCCGUCAAUUUUAUUUGGUCUUGUCAGGUGCUUCCCUCGACGAUCUUCUUCAAGAGUGCCAGUUUCUCCAAUUUUUCCUAGAGCAGUCGUCACCCACUGCUCUGAUAUUCCAUAGGUGUUCAGGAACAUAGUUUUACAAACCGUUAUUUCCUUGUUGUUGACAAGAAGCUGGUAUGUUCUAGAAUGAUUUCGUCUUGAUUUGCUAUCUGUCCGUUUUACGUGCUUCUUCUCCACUGUUUUGACAUACCUAACUAUGUAAUCCCAUUGUCUAGAAUGAUCACCUAUUUUCCAAAACUCCUCGAACAAUGCUUUUCUCUCUUCCUCACUUAUUUUUUGACGACAUUUAUUUCUGCAGUUUUCUUUACAUGGAUUCUUUAUCUGUUUGGCGGGAAUAAUUGUACCUUUCCGGUUUUUAUGUUCGAUGCCCAAGUUUAACUCCUUCUUAGCUCGAACAUCAAUCCACUCAUUUGUAUUUUUUACACGUUUUCUGCCUUUCCUUUCUUUGGGCGUUAUCUUACGCUUUUUAGGCACCUGAAUUCGGUUUUUGGUUUCAUGAGGUAUAAAUGGCACAAUAGAUGAAUCAGAAUCUGUUGUUUCUUCGGGUACAUAAAUAGGAUCAAUAUCCGAGUCGUCUGAGAAAUUUCCUUCCGUAUUCGUAAUGUCAUGAGGUGUAUCAAGAAGUACUACUGAUGGAUCUGUUUGUACAAAAUUAAAUCCAACUUCUAUAGGGUCCUCUGCAGGGUGGUUGCUGGAAGCAACAGCUGUAUCAGGCAAAGGGGCUCGCACAUCCUGUACAUUGACUACUGCACCAGCAUACGCAGAUUCCGUAAUAAGACAGUUAUCUGCACCUACAAAAAUAAAUACCUGUAAGAAUCUAUAAGUAGGAGAGAAAAAUCAAUGUAGGUAUAACAUGAUUCCAAUGCAUAACAGGCAAAUGUGGAUACUAAGCAUGAACCAGAAAGAAAGAAUUAAUUACCCAUGUUAGAAAAUAAUAAAAUAAUUACAAGACAAACUUACCUGAACCUGAUGCAUCAUUUAGCUUCUUUGCAUUUUCCAAAAUGACUUUGGUCCUAGAAUUCAUUCUAGUUCUCUAUAUUUAUCUAUUUUCAGACAGCUACUACUUAAAACGUUUUGGGUUUAAAUAAUCAUAACCUCGAAUUAUACCGCGAAGAUUAUAGUAUGUCCAAACAUAGAAUGCCUACCGCGAUUUUUUGCAUCGAAAACUAUAGUAACUCAACUUGAUGUACUUUUCGCUGACAGCAAUGUGAGUGAUUAUACUUACUAUAAUUCACGAAAGUUAUACUGGUUGCCUAUGGUUUCAUAAUUGAGAUACUAUAUUCUUCCUCGAACGAGAAGCAUAAUAUAUCUAUCGAUACCUUAUAGUAAGUCAAAAGUAAGGAUUUUUGAGUUACUAUAGUCUUCGUUGCAGGGGUCGAUAUGUUUCAAUUUCUCUCUGUUGUAUGACGUUUCCGCCACCAUUGUCAUUGUACAUACGUGGAAAAGGCUAUUCUUAUAUCACUCAAAAGGACAAAAACAUAUCAAGAAGAAACUACAUAAUUUUCAAAAUAAACAUAUAUUUAUAUUGAAAUUAUUACACAAUUAUUCGAAAAAUACAAAAAGCCAUUUAAGUAACUUUGAAUUCUUUCUUACUUUCAAACUGGGGCAUUUGUUUCUGAGAACGAAUUUUAUUUUUUAUCAAAACAUACUCUUCAGGAUGACUUAGUGACUGUCUUUAUUCCUGGCUCAACCGCUUGACUCAUCAUGACCUUUUUACUAAUGUAUGAAUAGUGUCAUCUGAAACAUGGCUCAAUGUAGAUGGCUGAGAAUAUUCCAGAAAUGUCUUACUUCAUCUUUGCGUGGCUAUUACAACUCAAGAUUAAAAAACAUUUCACCCCACCCAAAUAUGGUGUAUAUGGUAUAUAUGGUUUGAUUCGGCCUAUGUACUAUAGGGUAGCUUAUUGGAUGCUUUUAUCAGAAUGGAGCGGAAAUGUCGAGUUGACUUCACUGUGUUAGUAAAAAAUAUGUAAGUUAGUUUGAAAAGGCUGUGUGACUUGAACGAAUGUUUGCUCUUUCAGCAAGGAAUAUUUUCUAUGAUCUAGAUGUACUGGAAGGAAAAUUGUGGUUCACAAAAUCGUCCUAAUCUGAAACACUGAUUUCCCAAAAUAGUUUUGACUUACUCCAAAGACCCAGAUGUAUAGAGAUAAUUGUUUCACUGAAGCACAAGGGAUAUGUUGAAUCAUUCAUUUGCUCUUCUCAGACAGAAAAUCAAACUCUUAUUCUUCAGAGCUCAAUAAUUGUGAUAAGUUGUUUUUCCUUUUACUAAAUUUUGUAUGCUAAGGCAUUUGGUAGAGUACUUAGAUGGUUCAUUGGGAAAGUAAUGGAGAAUGGAAAGUGGUAAUGAAUUUUUAAGAGCAAUCCUCGACCAUUCCGUAGAAUCAAAUAAUCGAACGACCAUGUCCAUUAUAUUCACGGAAAUAAAAAUGAUAUACUUAAUGAUGUAUAUGAUAUUUCUAAUAGACAACAAUUUAAUACAAGUGGCGUAGCGUGGGUUUUCGCUGCCUGGGGCAAAUACAAAGUUGGUCGUCCAGUCCUAUUUUAAUUAUCAGUAGAAAGUUAGCAAAGUCAAAGCAUCUUCAAAUUCACUAAUCAAUUAAAAAUGUACUUUUCGAGUUUUUUUUUUCAUAGCAAAAUCUUCGACCCAAACAUGUGCAUGACGUCAUACCAGUGAGACAUGUGUGUACUUACGUAUCCUCUUAAUGCUUUUCCUAUUUUAAAACAUCUAAUGUAUUUUCAACACAGCUUGAGCUGUAUUUUAGCGUCAAAACUUUAAAAUGUAAUAGUCAAAUAAGUCAUAUAAAUUUUGGAUGGAAAUAUUUACUUCUGGUAUUGAACCGUAAUUCUUUCUUUAAUUUCAAAUUUGAAUUUUUCUUCUAAAAGUACAGAAAAUUUCCUAUAGCAGGUGUUUCAAAUUCGACUCUCAGAUACUGAAGUUCAGGAACUAGGGAAAUCGCACAUAGAAAGUUUCACAAUUCCGAGUAUUUCUGGAGAUCGACGAAAGAAACAGAAUUUUUACAAAAUCAUUUUCAUUUUUUCCUUACUCAACUUGAGAUGCGAUUUCAAAAUAAAACAUUAAUAUUCUCACUUUCCCUCCUUUACAACAUGACAUGAUUUUAAUUACAAAAUGGCGUUACGUCUUUUGUUCUCAGUCAACAUUUUUUCUGUAGAUUCCAUAUUGGAUUAUUGCACAUUUGAAUUCAGAUUUAAUUUUAAUUGCAAAAUGUAUAAUGUAAAAGUCAUAGACAUGUUAAUAUAUUAACUUUGCCAAACAUUGGAUAUUUAUAGAAACAGAAUUUCCGAAGUAUUCUUUAAAUUUAUCAGAAUGUCAUUUGUUUUGUAUCAUCAGACAAGCAUUGCUUCAGUUCUCAUGAAUCAGGCAUAUGUAAACAGUCCCUAUUUCCAAUUUUACUGAGGUGACAUUUGGCAGAUUAUGAGAUGGGUUGAUAUAAAACUUAAAAUGACUAAAAAAAGUUGUUUUCGUAUAGUUGGUCCUAACUCAUCGAACAAAAGGACAACAUAAUGAUUAAACUUUUUUAUACCCACCUUAUCUAAACCGAUGCAGACAUAUUGCAUUCAAUUACUCUAAUCUACAGGGAAAAAUGAAGACGAUUUUGGGAAAAUCCGUAAACACUAAGAAAUGCGAAUGUGCUAUUUCCGUAGUGCGCAACUAUGCUCUCAUUUAACCCACUUCAUAUCUGUAACCGUCUCUGAGAUCCCAAUGGUGGGAGUCGAAUUUGAAAGACCCGGUAUAAAACUAUAUUUAAUUGGGAAAAUAGCUUUCUUCCGUCCGACCAUGGAUGGCCAACCAUGGACAGCUAUUUCGUGCUUCUUGGCAAUUCUAUAUUUAAUAUCUCAAUCUCUUCAAUUCGACACACAAAAAUAUCAGUUUCAAUUACGGAUAUUUUUUAAGAGCAUCUAGCCAGUAAGCAUCACAAGAAGCAAAAAUCGUCUUUUCUCUGUCAAACUUUUUAUGUAGAUGUUCAAAUUGUCCUAUAUGAACGUAUUCUAAAACCUCAUUUUUUUUUGUUCUCUGUUGUCCGCUUCACUUGCAAUUCCUCAUAACCAAAAAGGGAGACAAACUAAUAUUUUGUCUAUCCUUAUUCUAAAAAUAGAUAUUUUGCACGAUCUUAGUCUCUAUAUACUUACUUAGUCAUGGAGUUCUAUAGCUUCCAGCAGUUGAUCAAGUUUAACUAGCUUUCUUGCUUGCUGUCUAAUUAUGAAUAAUUUCGUUUUUCAACCCAUAUUAAUAAUCUCAGUGGCAUUAUCAGCGCGGGUGCUAUUUGGGAUUUGAAAUAGGAUUUUUCGAUUUAUGAUUUUAAAAAUGGUUGCGCUUGCCGCCGCCUCUUUCCGUAUGCCACCCGGCGUCAACCAGCCCCUCGCUACGCCACUGAGCACAUUUGUUUUAGAAUUGAACUAGUACCUUUCGGAAUGAACAAUUUUAUUUUCAAAUGAGACAAACUUUCAAAGUACGAUAUACACUACAGAUAUGAGUAGUUUAGUAUUAAAAUUGUAUUAACCUACAGUUAUUGCAUGUGUUUUUGAUUCAGUACUUACUGUAACAAAACAAGUCUUGCCUUGAUAUAUGAUCCAGUAGUAUGAUUUCAAUGUUAGAUGAUUCAGUUUUCAAUGGGUUUUUGCUAUUUUUAUAGCUUUUCUAUGUCAGUUAUUCAGAGAAUGACAAAAUCUUACAUACGGUAGUGACCCUAGAAACGCCUCACGACGAUAACAGUACCUCACUAAGUUUUAUUACUAUUAUCUAUAUCUCUCUUUUACAAAUCUAUCUGUUGCCUAAAAAAACGGUACAAACAAGAAAUCUCGUGGCCGAGCAGCAACUUUUAAUGCCCUCUCCAGACUCACGCGCGAAUUACCCGCGACCCAUGGGUGUGGAUCCCAUUCGCGUAUUCUUCUCGGCCUCACGUCGCGUUCGCGCGUUGUUCCCGUUUGUUGGCAGUUUUUUGUCCCGCGACAAAGAGUUCGCAAGGCGCGAACAUGACUAGGCUCCUCAUUCGCUGGUGUUUCAGUUGCCAGCAGCAGUAGCAAUUUCACCAUCCAUACUCGUCAAGAGCGCGAACUAUACUGCAAAGCAGGCGCGAACAUCUGCGAGUGUGGAACUGUUAGGAACAAAUUCCGGGAUUCGCACCACGAUGCGCGCCGCGAUUUCACGCCGUGAUCCGCGCGUGAGUCUGGAGAGCAUAUAAGGUGCACUCAAAUUGAGCAUAAGAGAAGGGAAGAGACAAUAAAAACUUCGGCCGGGUUCCUUUAGGCUACGUUCUCACAGAGUGAAAAGCCGACAGCGUGACGUGCUUUCGUGGCUUGGCUGAACUGGGGAAUGGAAAGUGAGGCAGCGAGGGUCGUGGACUGAUCACACGGUCACGACUCGGUUCAUUCCUUGAAACCGAUUGACUUCUGGUUGAAAGUUGUCCAGUUUUAUUGCUAUGCUAGCGAAAAGUUGAUUCAUGUGAGAUGAAAAAUCAGGAGAAAAACGUUGUUGGGUCAUUACCACCAUAUGCGAAGCUCCACACUAGCGUCUCCUAGCACGAAGAUCAGAUGUUUUUGGUACCGAGCUUGACAUGACAAAUAUUUGAACGUCUAAUGUGAGAUAUCUUGAUUCGGCCCUUUCCAUGGUCAAAGCCUAAAUCCCCCCUAUUCAGGGCCAAUGAAGUAUGAACCCCCAUUCGAUAGGCUUCAUGUGGUACACGUCAGUCAAUCCUAAUGCCCAGAGUGGAUCUUUAACCUUUAUCAUAGUUAGUUUACUAAUUUGCAUCCACAUACGGCCGUAAAAUUUCCUGUUUUCUUUCAAUUCCAGAAUACAGAUGAGGGGUUUUCUUUGAAAUGUUGGGUUAGCCUUGCAUGUCAUGACCAAGGUCACAUGUGGGGCCCCCGCAAGCGUCACAACUGUGUUGUCAAAAAUCUUUGUUUCUAGUAAAUUGUUUUCAAUGUCUUGAUUUGACCUUGAAAUCGUCUUGAUUUUGACCUUGAGCUCGUGGUCUAGGCAACAUUCUUCCCAUUCUGUUAUAAAUAUUAGGGUUGUCUUUAAAAAUGUUGUCAUGACCUUGAAUGUCAUAUUCAUGGUCAAGAUCAUAUCGGACGUAAAAUAUCAUCCUAUUUCCAAUUUCGGUGUAAAAAGGGGGAUCCAUAUCUGUACCUCAGAACCAGACUAGGUUAAGUCCAAAUAAGUAGUUUUGAGAUAAUUGUAUUUGAAAUAUUUUUCUUGCAUUUUAUUGAAUGACUUGAUAUGAGUUAAAUGGUCGUAACUUCCUUAUUAUUACAGAUAGAUGGAAUCUGCAUGCAGCAAAUGAAAAUUCACAAUAUUAUCAUAAGCCUAACAUAUUAAACUCAUUUUUGACAAAAAUGGACUUGACCUAGUCUGGCUCUGAGGUACAGAUAUGAAAACACCUACUUGACCUUGAAAUCACCUCAAAAGACAUGGUCACGGUAUAGUUUGACGUAAAAUUCCCUUCUGUCUCCUAAUCCGAUGUAAAAAAGGGACUUCCAUUUGAAAAUAUUUACUUACCCCUGAAGGGCAUAGUCAUGGUCACCAUCAUGUUGCCCCUUUGAGCCCUGCAGCUUUGAAACGUUUCAUAGUUUUCGAAUUAUUUAGGGGGGGGAGGGGGGUGGGGGAAAUUAAAACGAAUUAUUUUCUAUUACUAAAUCCUCGUCGAUAAAGAAAUACGAGUUAAGUGUAACUGUCUUCAAGUGUGAAGACGUGUUUGUUUGUAUGAUUCGCGCAUCAAGGCAAGUGUUAUUUUGAGAGAGAUAUAUUUUUGUAGUAAGUUAAUCCACAGUGUCAGUUUCUUGUUACCAUUAUAGAUUUAGUUUAGAGAUGUAGUUAUCUAGCGCCUUUAGCACAAAAUCUGAGUUCCAUGGUAGCUCAAGCAGCUACUAUGGUUCCCCGAGUGCUGAACGUUCUAGAUUUUGCACCAACUUUGUUAUGCGAAGUUGGUACAAACACAUACACAUUACACGUGUUUGACGAAAAUUCAUGAUUACAUUAAAAAUGGUAAUCAUAAUGUUAGGCUAAAUAAUGUAAGAUAGAUAAUUUU